AUGACAGAUUUUGAACAGGCGGCAAUAAAGGCAUCAAAAGCUGAGUUUCCUAACGUGAAAAACAAGGCAUGUUUUUUUCAUUUAUCUCAAAGUACUUGGAGAAAAAUUCAAUCAUCUGGCUUGGUGAAUUUAUAUGGUACAAACGAAAAGUUUAGUUUAAAAAUAAGACAAAUGCUUGCCCUGGCUUUUAUUCCAUCUGAAAAUAUACCUGCAGCAUUUGAUGAACUUAAAGCGACAUUUCCUCCCGAAGCUGAAGAAGUUGUCCAAUGGUUUGAAGACAAUUAUGUACAUGGCCGGAUUCGUCGCCGAAACCAAAGAAAUGGUAAUAUUAUACGCACAGACCCACUUUUUCCGCCCAAACUUUGGUCUGUGUCAGAAUUAAUGGACCACGGAAUUCCUAGGACACAAAAUAUUGUGGAAGCUUGGCAUCGACGUUGGUCAACUUUGGUUGGUAAACCUCAUGUUGGAGUCUAUACAAUGAUAGAGGAGCUUCAGAAAGAACAACAACGAGUUGACUUGGAAAUUGAAUGCAUUAAUCGUGGAGAACCAAAACCGAAACAGAAAAAACAAAUAAUUGACAGAGAGAAAAGAAUAAUGACGGUAUAUAAAGAUAUAUCAAAUAGGAGUGUCUUAGAAUUUUUACGGGGUUUGGCUCAUAAUAUAUCGAUGUAG